AUGGCUCGUGGCUCUAAUACUAACAAUACUGCUGCUGGUUCUCGUCCAGCUACUACAUCUUCUGCUUCUUCUUCCUCUGUAUCCAUGGAGGAUUCAAGUAGUCCUUAUUUUUUGAGCAGUGGUGAUCAUCCUGGUCUCACUCUCGUUUCUCAUGUUCUUCUUGGAUCUAAUUUUCAUUCAUGGAGCCGCGCUAUGAUGAUUGCAUUAUCACCGAAAAACAAAUUGUUUUUCGUUGAUGGUUCCCUUCCGCGCCCUGUUUCUGAUGAUCUCUUAUUUCAGUCAUGGAAUCGUUGUAACUCCAUGGUAACAUCUUGGAUCUUGAACUCUGUCUCGAAGGAUAUUUCUGACAGUCUUCUCUAUUUUUCAUCUGCAUCCGAAAUAUGGACGGAUCUUCGUAAUCGUUUUCUUCAAGCCAAUGGUCCAAAAAUAUUUCAGUUGAAGCAACAGAUAGCGUCUCUUACUCAGGGUAGUCUUGAUGUUAAUGGAUAUUACACACGUCUUAAGAUUCUUUGGGACGAAUUCCAGGAUUACUCUCCCAUUCCUGCCUGUACUUGUGGUGCUUCACGCCUGAUUUCAGCUUCUCACCAACAGGAUCAUGCUCUCCAAUUUUUGAUGGGACUGAACGAUUCUUUCUCCUCUGUUCGGGCUCAAAUUUUGCUCAUGGAGCCCCUUCCACAAUUAUCAAGGAUCUUCUCUCUCGUGCUUCAGGAGGAAAAGCAACGUCAAAUUACGUGCCCUCUGCCGGUGUUACCUGAUUCCCCUUUGCUUAACUCUGCAUCUGCUGUGGCUUCAUCCCCGAUUCCUGGUUCUGCUCCAAUGGCUGCCAUAUCUUCUGCUCCGUUUCGCAGAUCUCGCCCUCAGUGCACUUACUGUCACAAUUCUGGUCACACAAGGGAGAAGUGUUUUAAGCUUCAUGGAUUUCCCCCUGGGUACAAGCCCAAGUUUGUGCGGCCCAAUCCACUAACUCCAUCAGCCCAUGCUAUUUUUAACUCCCCUAAUCCCACUAUAGCUGAGUUACCUAAUCCCACGUUGACUCCCUCUCAAUACAACCAUCUCUUAAGUCUUCUCCCACCUACCGUUCCGUCAUCCUCAUCCCCAUCCUUCACGCCACUGCCACUUGCCACCGAAGCUUCUCCUUCUGUUGCCAGCUUUAGCGGACCUUUCAUCGGCCAAAGUGAUUGGGACUGCUAA